CUCUAGACCUGCGGGUGUGCUGGUGAUCGUGGUCGUGUUGGAAGGACGUGUUAGCAAGGACGACGGCGCCUGUUUGACAGCCCUCACAAUUCCUUUUGGCAACGCGCAAGCGCAAAGUGCAAGCAAAUGUUCGAGUGACAAGUGUGCAAAAAAAUAAUUAAAACUCAAGUGAUAAACAUUUCAAGUGCUUGGCCAUCAAAAGCAAACUUCUAAAUAUUUGUGCAAGAAAUUCGUGAAGAGCAGCGCCAAACGCUGUCGAUUAAUAUAUAGAUAGCAUCAGCAGCGAAAUGGAUUUAUCGAGGCGGUUGCGAUCAACUGCCUUGGUAGCAUUCAUAGUACUGAUAGGCAUACAGAGCUCACAGAGUAGAUUCCCUGGACUACGUGCAAAAAGACAAUAUGGUGCAAAUCUUUAUUUACCCGCUAGCUACGUAACCCCUGGCGGCGAGGGCGACGAUCCAAAUGAGUGGACUGACUGGAGCUCACCCUCGGACUGCUCGCGCACCUGUGGAGGUGGUGUUUCCUAUCAGACGCGCGAAUGCCGCCGUAGAGAUGCGAACGGCGAAGAUAUGUGCAGUGGUGGCAGUCGGCGUUACUAUUCCUGUAACACCCAGGACUGCCCGGAGGAGGACCCAGACUUUAGAGCUAUGCAGUGUUCGCGAUUCGAUUACACCAAAUUUGAUGGUGUGCUCUACACUUGGGUGCCCUACACAAAUGCGGCGAAUCCAUGUGAGCUGAACUGCAUGCCAAAGGGUGAGCGCUUCUACUAUCGUCAAAGAGAAAUGGUGGUGGAUGGUACCCGGUGCAAUGAUAAGGAUCUGGACGUUUGUGUCAAUGGGCAGUGCAUGCCAGUUGGCUGUGACAUGAUGCUGGGCAGUGAGGCCAAAGAGGACAAGUGCCGCAAAUGUGGCGGUGACGGCAGCACAUGCAAGACAAUUAAGAAUACCUAUACAUCAAGUGAUCUAUCUGCUGGUUACAACGAUCUGCUGCUCGUGCCCCAAGGAGCAACAAAUAUUCGCAUUCAGGAAUCGGCGCCAUCGAAUAACUAUUUAGCUUGCCGCAACCAAACAGGUCACUAUUACUUAAAUGGAAAUUGGCGUAUUGAUUUUCCACGCCCCAUGUUUUAUGCGGGUGCAUGGUGGAACUAUGAGCGUAAGCCAUUGGGAUUUGCUGCACCCGAUCAACUGACAUGCAGCGGUCCCAUAACCGAAAGUAUCUACAUUAUAAUGUUGGUGCAGGAUAAGAAUGUAAGCGUUGACUAUGAAUACAGUAUUCCGGAAUCUUUGAGCCAUAGCCAGCCAGAUGCACAUACGUGGACGCAUCGUGAGUUUGGGCCCUGUAGUGCAUCGUGCGGUGGUGGAAUUCAGUCCCGCCAAGUUACCUGCAAUAAUCGCAUUAACCUUCAAGAAGUCGAUGAGGCUUUAUGCGAGGCACAGACCAAGCCGGUCGAAAGUCAGGCAUGUGGCACAGAACCAUGUGCUCCACAUUGGGUUGAGGGUGAAUGGAGUAAGUGUUCCAAAGGCUGUGGAUCCGAUGGUUUCCAAAAUCGCACAGUUAGUUGCGAGCGCAUCUCAUCUGAUGGUGUUCAUACGGCGGAGGAUGAUGCAGUUUGCCUUAAGCAAGUAGGAAAUAAGCCAGCAACAACUCAGGAGUGCAAUCGUGAUGUCAAAAAUUGUCCGAAAUAUCAUCUGGGUCCCUGGAAGCCAUGCGACAAGCUGUGCGGCGAGGGUAAAGAAACCCGUAAAGUCACUUGCUUCAUUGAAGAGAAUGGUCACAAGCGUGUUCUGCCUGAGGAAGAUUGUGUGGAAGACAAGCCUGAAGUGGAAAGGACCUGCCUAUUAGCACCAUGCGAGGGUGUAGACUGGAUCAUAUCCCAGUGGAGUGGUUGUGACGCCUGUGGUCAGAAUACCGAAACUCGUAGCGCCGUGUGCGGCUCAAAAGAUGGUAAAGUAUACCCACAAAAGUUUUGUGGAGAUAAAGCCCCGGAACUGACCAGGUCGUGCACUUCGUCAAAGUGUGAGUCGCAAUGGUUUUCAUCGGAGUGGAGCAAGUGCUCAGCGGCUUGUGGAAAGGGUGCUCAAUCACGUAUUGUAUUAUGUGGCGUUUUUGAUGGUAAACAGAUAAAAACCGCAGACGACUCCAAGUGUGACGCAGCAACAAAACCAAAGACUGAUCAGGAAUGUGAAGGUGAAGAAAAGGAAUGCCCUGGUCAAUGGUUUACUGGACCUUUCGGCCACUGUAGCAAACCUUGUGGUGGAGGUGAACGUGUGCGUGAGGUUCUGUGUUUAUCCAAUGGUACCAAGUCUCUCAACUGCGAUGAAUCAAAGGUUGAAUCAAUUUCUGAAAAGUGUAAUACUCAACCUUGUACCAAGGACCAAGUCCUGCCUCUUACGAGCACUGAUAAACCGAUUGAGGAUGAUGAAGAUGAAUGCGAAGAUGAUGAUGAGUUUGUUUUGGUCGACUCAGACGUAACUGAUGUCACUGAUGAGGACUCAGAUGCAAUGUCAACAACCGACGAUUUGAUGAUGAGCGACAGUACUUACACAUCAGACGACGAAUCGGCAUCUACUGAUAGCACAGUCGAAGGAUCAGGCUCAGAUAGCACUUCUGAUAGUGGUAUUUCUGUCGAAGGCAGUGGAAGUGAAUCUACAAGUGAAUUCUCAACUUCGUCGGGUGAAUCUUCCACUGACUCUACAGACUUGACUACAGAAUCCAGUGGUUCUUCAGACAUUAGUGAAUCGACAACAGAGGUCUCGUCGUCAUCGGUCUCUGGAUCUACUUCAGGCUCCUCGACUGAUGUAUCAACUGAAUCAACUUCAAGUAGCUCAACUGACGCCUCAAGCUCAAGUUCAACAGACGGUUCAAGCUUGGGCACAACGGAAUCGAGCUCAUCGGACUCAAGUUCAAGUGAUGCAUCGAGUUCAACAGAUGUUUCAAGUUCGACAGAUUUCUCAAGCUCAAGUGAAGUGUCAGGUACGACAGAUAGCUCAAGUUCGACAGAUGCUUCGGGCUCAACAGAUGUCUCAGGCUCAACAGAUGCUUCGAGCACUACAGACACCUCAGGUUCCACAGAUAUAUCGAGCUCGACUGGGACCUCCAGUUCAACAGACGCCUCUGGCUCGACGGAUGCGUCAAGCUCUACGGAUGCCUUAAGUUCAACUGACGCCUCAAGUUCCACUGACACUUCAACUGCGGCAGAUACUUCAGAUUCUACAGAUAGCUCUUCCAGUGGAUUUACAGACACGCCUCUCGAAACUUCAUCUCAAGUUUCUACUUCUUCGGAGACCACUGAAUCUAGUAGCUCAACAGAAGGUGUCUCAUCUACAUCAGAAUCAACUAGCGAUGCAACGAAGGACACCACAGUUGUAUCCUCUUCGACAGAUAGCUCUUCUUCGACAGAAUCAUCUGUAUCUACAGAUACGACUGUCUCCUCAUCAACGGAGACUACACCUGAGCUUUCGACGGAUUCAACUGAAACGACAAGUUCACCUGGUUCAACUGAAAGCACAACGGGGGGCAGUUCAUCAGCAUCUUCUGAAUCAGGUUAUUCAUCUACCGAAUCGUCUGAUCUUACUUCUGGCCCCACUGAAUCAACAGAAUCUUCGAGUUCAGGAUCAACAGGUAGCACCGAGCAAGGUUCUACUGAUGGGUCUACAUCAAAUGCAAGUAGCAGUUCUGUCGACACAUCGACAGAUGGUUCAACCGAUAGCUCGUCCGAGGGAGUCACUAAAGGUUCGACAGAUAGCUCGACUGAUAGUUCGACUGAUGGUUCAACUGAUAGUUCCAGUAGUGGAUCUACUGAUGGCUCAUCUGUUGGUUUGACCGAUAGCUCGUCGGAUGUUACGACCGAUAGUUCCACCGAUAGUUCGUCUACUGGUUCCACAGACACAACCGACGUUUCUGAAUCAACUGCAUCACAGAGCACUGGUCCAUCAGAAAGUACUUCCGAGAGUUCUAGCAUUGGUUCAACUAUUGAAGCUAGUUCCAGUUCGACAGAAAGCUCAAGCUCCACCGAUAGUUCAGUUUCCACGGACAAUUCUAGUUCCACCGACAGCUCUACAGAUGCCUCUAAGACGACAGAAGUUACAACCGAAUCAUCUCAAUCCACUGGCUCUUCUGUAACUACCGACAGCUCUACCGAUGUGUCGUCCACUGAUAUAAGUUCCUCCGAAUCUUCUGACUCAACAGCAACAUCGGAGAGUGGAGGUACUACUGAAAGUGGAGCCACUACAGAAACUACAUCUGAGAGUUCUACUGGUUCUACUGGCUCUACUGACUCAACAGGUAGCACACUAUCUACGGAAACAGGCAGUACCAGCGAUAUUUGGAGCACAUCUGAUUCUGAUAAUGAAUCCAGUACACCCCACACCUGGGAAACAACACUUACCCCAACCAAAGAAAAACUUCGCAAGUGUAAGCCCAAGAAGAAGAUUUGUGAGAAGUCUGAAUUCGGUUGUUGUCCUGAUGGCAAGUCAGCAGCUAAGGGACCAUUUGAUGAGGGAUGUCCCAUUGCGAAAACGUGCGCUGAGACAGAAUUCGGCUGCUGUUCAGACGGAGUUUCACCAGCUGAGGGCAAAAGAAACAAGGGUUGUCCGAAAUCUGAUUGCGCAGAGACACUCUUCGGCUGUUGUCCAGAUAAAUAUACAGCUGCCGAGGGUGAGGAUAAUGAAGGAUGCCCUGAGCCAACAACCUUGGCGCCAACAACCACAGAAGAAUCGACUGUUACCAUAUCUACAGACAUUGAGGGCUCUGGUGAUUCUACUGUGUCAACGGAGUCAGAUAAGGCUGUCACCUCUUGCUCUUUCACUGAAUUUUACUGCUGUCCUGAUGGAGAGACACCUGCCAAGGGAGAGAACUUUGCUGGCUGCCCCACAGACGCUGGUAAGCCGGGAUGCGAUAAGUCCGAGCAUGGUUGUUGUCCAGAUCGGCGUACCCCUGCUGCCGGCCCCAAUGGUCAAGGCUGUGCUGCUUGUACUAGUGAACCUUUUGGCUGCUGUCAGGACAAUGAGACUCCCGCUCAUGGCCCUCAGGGCGAAGGCUGCUGCAUCAAUACUGCAUUCGGCUGCUGCCCUGACAACAUUCGGCCUGCAUAUGGGCCUAACUUUGAAGGCUGCGAGUGUGGAGCUUCUCCAUAUGGCUGCUGUGCGGAUCAAAAGACUUCCGCACGUGGACCACAACAGGAGGGCUGUCCAUGCGAGACCACUCAACAUGGUUGUUGUCCCGAUAAAAUCACCGCUUCCAGAGGACCCAAAUUUGAAGGCUGUCCGUGCGAGUCAAUGCAGUUUGGUUGCUGUCCAGAUGGUCUUUCCUUUGCUAAGGGUCCGCAUCACCAGGGAUGUCACUGUGCACAGUCAGAAUUCAAAUGUUGUGAGGAUGGUAAGACACCAGCUAAAGGUCCUAACUUUGAGGGCUGCACUUGUGUGGAGACCGAAUUCGGUUGCUGUCCAGAUGGUGUUACAAAAGCUCAGGAUGAUAAGUUUGGCGGCUGUGAAAACGUUCAGCAGCCCCCACAAAAGGCUUGUGGUUUGCCCAAGGAACAGGGAACCUGCGGCAACUUCAGCGUUAAAUAUUACUUUGAUACGUCUUAUGGAGGUUGUGCUCGAUUCUGGUAUGGCGGCUGUGAGGGUAAUGGUAAUCGUUUUGAGACUGAGGCGGACUGUAAGGACACGUGCCAGGAGUACACUGGACAGCAUGUGUGCUUGCUGCCUAAGAGCUCCGGUCCCUGUCAAGGUUAUUCCAAGAAAUGGUACUUCGAUACAGACCGUAAUCGUUGCGAAGAGUUCCAAUAUGGCGGAUGUUAUGGCACCAAUAAUCGGUUCGACAGUCUUGAACAGUGCCAGGCUACUUGUGCCAUAAGUGAGAGCAUGCCCGCAUGCGAGCAACCAGUGGAAAGUGGACCAUGUGCCGGCAACUAUGAGCGUUGGUAUUAUGAUAAUCAGACUGACGUGUGCCGUCCCUUCAGCUAUGGUGGCUGCAAGGGCAACAAAAACAACUAUCCUACCGAACACGCUUGUAGCUAUAGCUGUCGACAGCCUGGAGUGCUUAAAGAGCAAUGCUCAUUGCCUAAGCAAACUGGUGAUUGCAGCGAGAAACAUGCCAGAUGGCAAUUCUCUGAAGCUGAAAAACGUUGCUUACCCUUCUACUUCACGGGCUGUGGCGGAAAUAAAAACAAUUUCCCUACAUUGGAAUCAUGUGAGGAUCAUUGUCCUCGACAAGUUGCCAAGGAUAUUUGCGAUAUUCCCGCCGAGGUUGGCGAGUGCGCCAAUUAUGAAUUUGCUUGGUACUAUGAUACCAAGGAUGCCGCUUGUCGUCAGUUCUACUACGGAGGUUGCGGUGGUAACGAGAAUCGUUUCACCAGCGAAGAGGCGUGCAUGGCUCGAUGCGAAAAGAAACCUGAGCCACCAACACCUCCUCCACCGCAAAGCGCAGUUCAUGUCUGUGAUCAACCGGAGGAACGUGGCGACUGUGACAAAUAUGCACUCAAAUGGACCUUUGAUAGAUCGAUCGGUGUUUGUCGCCAAUUCUAUUAUGGUGGUUGCGGAGGCAAUGAUAAUCGCUUUGAGACCGAAUCCGACUGCAUGCAGGUUUGUGCUAGACAGCAACCAGAGCCGCAGCCACAGCCACAACCUCAGCCCCACCCGCAACCGCCACCACAACCGCAGCCGUCUGGAAAUAUUUGCGAGCAGCCAGCUUCUGUGGGCGAUUGUGCGGAAUAUGUGUUGAAGUGGAACUACAAUUCAACAUUGGGUAGCUGUCAACAGUUCUACUAUGGCGGAUGUGGAGGCAACGAUAAUCGCUUCGAUACCGAACAGGAUUGUUCUACGCGUUGCAAUGGAGGUGUAGAAGAAGAACCACGUCCUGAAUCUGAAACGGACAAAUGCUUUAGGGGACCAGAGCCAGGAAACUGUUAUGAAAAUACUACACGAUGGUACUACAAUAGCCAGGAGGGACUCUGCGAUGAGUUUGUUUACACCGGGUGUGGUGGCAACGACAACAACUUUGCGACCGAAGAGGAGUGCCAGAAUGAUUGUCAUCCGGCACAGGACACGUGCUCCCUUCCCCCAAUAGCAGGACGCUGUAGUGAUACCUCAAGCCGCUGGUACUUUGAUGGACGCACAGGAACUUGUCUUCAGUUCGAGUUUACAGGCUGUCGCGGCAAUCGUAAUAACUUCGUGUCGGAGCAAUCUUGCUUAGAUUAUUGCCGUCGUGAUCAACCGCAUCCAGAAUCGGAACAAGAACCUCCAGCACCAUCCUUUUCGGUGUGCACUCAGCAUCCUGAGGCCGGAGAAUGCGACAACCAUACCACCGCCUGGUUCUACGACAAUGAGAAAAUGGUGUGCACAGCCUUCAGCUAUAGUGGCUGUGGUGGUAAUGGUAAUCGGUUUGAGACCCGUGAUCAAUGCGAACGUCAAUGUGGCGAGUUCAAGGGUGUCGAUGUUUGCAAUGAACCGGUGACGACGGGACCUUGCACACAGUGGCAGACCCGUUAUUUCUACAGUCGUGAUAGUCAGAGCUGCCAACCUUUCACCUAUGGUGGCUGCGAUGGCACUGGUAAUCGUUUCAAUGACCUAUAUGAGUGUGAAUCGGUUUGUCUCGGUGGCCGCGAGCCAUUGCCUUCGGGUGCGGCUAAAGAUAUUUGUCGACUUCCGGUCAUCCCCGGUGUGUGUAAUGGCCCUUCGGUGCAGGAGCGUCGUUGGUACUACGAUGAUGAGCGUGGCACUUGUAUAUCCUUUAUUUACUCAGGUUGCUCUGGCAACCAGAACAACUUCCGUUCCUUUGAAGCAUGCACAAAUCAAUGCGGAAAGCCAAUCGACAACGAGAUCAUCAACGAAAUCUUACCCAGUCGUUGCGAAACCUAUGACAGUGAAUGCCGUGAUCUACGUUGUCCGUACGGUGUGCGUCGCGUCCCAGCUGAAUCGCAGCCGGAGUGUGAGCAGUGUAUUUGCCUGAAUCCAUGCGAGGGCUAUCCAUGUCCCGCCACACAACAAUGUGCCAUCGAUGUGUCCAAUUCUGGUGACCGUGAUCAUCAGUUUGUGCCUGUCUGCCGUGAUAUCAACAAGCCUGGUGUUUGUCCACAGCUGGCGACCAAUGCAAGCGAAUGCGCUCGCGAAUGCUAUACCGAUGCCGACUGUCGCGGAGAUAACAAAUGCUGCAGCGAUGGCUGUGGCCAUCUGUGUGUGGCUCCGGCGCGUCCCACACGGCGACCCAAUACUCCACCCCCGGUCGUUAUUUACCCAGGCGAAGUGCGAGCCACACUUGAAUCCAAGCCGCCACAGGAAGUGGAUGUGCAGACAUCAAUAGGUGGUAUAGCAGUACUACGUUGCUUCGCAACUGGCAAUCCGGCACCGAACAUUACUUGGUCCCUAAAGAAUGUUGUUAUUGACACCAAUCAAGGUCGUUAUGUGCUGACUUCGAACGGCGAUCUAACCAUAGUCCAGGUACGACAAACCGACGAUGGUACCUAUGUUUGCGUGGCCAGCAACGGCCUGGGCGAGCCAGUGCGUCGCGAAGUCGCACUACAAGUGACAGAGCCUAGAGAUGUACCAGCCUACAUAUUGGGCAAUAAGAACGCCACCCAAAUUGUGCAAUUGAAUCAACCUGCCUUGGUUCGUUGUCCGGCUGGUGGCUAUCCCGCACCCCAUGUCAGCUGGUGGCGAAACAACCAACACUUCGGUAUGGGUCCCGAAACUAGUCGUGCGGUAAUGAACCGCGACUACUCGCUUUACUUCCGAUCUGUACAGCUGUCCGAUUUGGGCCUGUAUACAUGCGACGCGUACAACACCGGACGCCCUGUCUCGCUGCACAUUACGCUCAAGGCUAUUGGUCCAGCUCAAGGCGUUGGCGAUGAAAAAUACUUGGAGUAUAUCAUUAACCCACCAACGGCACCGGUCACUCAAAGGCCCACAUAUCCCUAUAGACCUUCACGUCCGGUCUAUGUGCCACCCCCUGUUGUUCACGACCCAAGAAUUGAUGCCCGAGCUGUUAUUGGACUGAAUCCACAAAAUAAAUACACGCCGGGCUCCACAAUUGCGAUUGACUGCGCCGUGCAGGGCAAUCCGGCACCGAAUGUGACCUGGACCAAGGAUAAUACGCCUCUAUACAAUAACGAACGUGUUCAAAUAACUUCCAAUCCGCAUCGUAUGGUCAUCAGUGAUGUUACCACCGAGGACAGCGGCGUCUAUGGUUGCACAGCGCGAAAUGCCUACAGCUACAGUACCAGCCAGGAGACAGUCACAAUCGAGUCUGUCAUACCACUAUCGCCAGAGUGUAUUGACAAUCCCUACUUUGCCAACUGCAAGCUGAUCAUCCAGGGCCAUUACUGUGUGAAUAAGUACUAUGCGCAGUUCUGCUGCAGAUCCUGCACAUUGGCUGGCCAGAUUCCGCAGCCGCAUCCCAAUGCUUUAAUUCCAUACUAAAAUUACGAAAUUUUCAAGUCUAACAUUUUUGUUGGACAUUUGCAUUGAAUUGAGUUUAAACCAGAAAUUAUUCAGAGAAUAAGCAACGUCACAAACCAUAGAUAGACCAAAAAUACCGCCAAUUGCAUAGCCGACAGAUCAAAUAUAUAACGAACGUUUUGCUAAGUAAAUAAAAUUGCAUAUAACAUAAUCCCAUAAACGAUGAUUUCUUCCAGCACAAAAGAAAAUAGUAUUAGUACUUUAUGAUUUUUGUUCCUAUUUAUUCUUGAUUUAAAUUCAAUCCAUAGAAGAAAGUGCCUAAAACUUAUUUU